CACCGUGGUUUGUGGUAAGCUGCCCAACUAUGGGAUCAAUGUUGGUGUUGAUGAAAACGUAUGAGAGUGAUCUUUGGUAGUUAAAGAACUCUGUUUGAUGGAGGGUGUUCUUUUGUACUGCGUAACAGAAAGGUGACAAGAUGAAAAUGUGGCAUUGCACCACACUAACCUCUCCGGUCCAAGUCUUCCGAUUUCUACUGCUGAUACUACACAUACUGCUGACUCACGAACAGUCGAUGGUUUACCACGACUACUGCAUCAUUGGGGCUGGCCCAGCAGGCUUACAGAUGGGCUACUUUCUCAAGACUGCUGCCAGGGACUACAUCAUUUAUGAAAAAUCCAACAUGACAGGAAGUUUUUUCCAAUUGUAUCCAAGACACAGGACACUAAUAAGCUUAAACAAACGGCACACAGGUCAAACCAACAAGGAGUUCAACUUGCGCCAUGACUGGAACUCUCUGCUCAGUGACGAUGAAAGUCUGCUCUUCAGACACUACUCCAAGAAGAUGUUUCCUCACGCCAACGACUUCCUGCGAUAUGUCAAUGACUUCCAGCAGAGAUUGAACAUCAGUGUCCAGUUCAAGACGGAAAUCAGAAACCUGUCGAGUGUGAGGAACGAGUCGGCACCAGACGGACAUCACUUCACCAUGGAAGACCAGAACCACCAGCAGUACAUGUGCAGAACCAUGGUGUUAGCAACAGGUAUAGCUAAGCCUGUGAUACCCAAUGUACCUGGCAUGGAAUAUGCUGAUGGGUAUGAAGAUGUCUCUUUGGACCCAGAAGACUAUGAAGGAAAAACUGUUUUAAUAUUAGGGCGUGGCAAUUCAGCAUUUGAAAUGGCAGAUUCCAUAUAUGGAUCUACAAACUUGAUACACAUGGUUGGGCGGUCCAGAGUACGUUUAUCCUGGGCAACACAUUAUGUUGGUGAUCUGAGAGCGAUAAACAAUAACAUUCUUGACACGUACAUGUUGAAGUCCCUGGAUGGAAUACUGGAGGCAGCACUGGGUGAGAUUAAGAUCAUUAAGAAGAAUGACAAACUCUGGAUUUCUGUCGAUGAGGAGUCGGAGUUGGAUGAGGCCGACGAGGAAGUGCCGUCACAACUGGACAAUUUUGCCUUGAGGGAGCCAUAUGACAAAAUCAUACGCUGUCUUGGCUUCUCAUUUGAUGACUCCCUCUUUACAAAUUCAACUGCCCCAGGUUUUGGUAAAGGUCGCUCAAAGAAGUUUCCUUUGAUUGACUUUGACUACGAAUCUAAACGUGUUCCUGGUAUGUUCUUCGCUGGAACAAUCUCUCACUCGGUUGACCACCGGAAGUCUGCCGGAGGAUUUAUACAUGGCUUCAGAUACACAGCUCGUGCCUUGCAUCACAUGAUGGAGUACAAGUAUGAAGGUGUGACUUGGCCGUCCAUGACCGCGUCGACCACGCAGCUGAUGAAUCACCUGCUGAGAAGAAUGAACGAAGCAUCUGGGAUAUACCAGAUGUUUUCUAUCCUUGGAGAUGUGAUUGUUUUACGAAAUAAUGGCAGGGAGUUUGAAUACUUUGAAGAAUUUCCAAUCUACAUGCUGCACCGAUUCCCAGCCCUGACUGGGAAACCCGCGGAAAGUAUUAUCGUCCUCAAUAUGCAGUAUGGAACUAACUUCUCCGGUCCUGGCAAUGACAUUUUCCGCCUUGACCGGGCCACUGGAGAACCAUCCGAUGCCCACAAUUCUAACUUUCUUCAUCCAGUGCUUUACCACUAUGAUCAGCUGCCCACAGAACAAAUGAUGAAAACUCGCCGACGUUAUGAAAUCCUUCCUCGUCCUAAGGCUCUUCACCACGUCGUCGAAGAUUUCCUCACCAACUGGGACGCUCCAAUCAGCCAUAUUCUCCCACUGCGCAGGUUCCUGGAGAACGUACUGGGCUUUGAUAUGCGACUGUUCUUCUCACAGUCAUGUUUACAGAUGGCGAUGACAUACAGCACGGUUCCACUGAGUUGUGAGCACCACUUCCUCAACGGCCAGGGCCUCACAGCUACGGAGCACUUUCUAGACACAAUGCAUUCAAAUGCAUUUUAAAUUCAAUCUAAGUUAAAGGGACAUUCCUGAGUUUGCUGCAUUGUAAGAUGUUUCUGACUAAUAAAAUAUUUCUACGAUUAAACUUACAUAUUAAAUAUAUGUACUUG